CAAUGACCCGAAUGGCCUAAUUCUACUCCUAUAACUUGUGAACGUGUCUCUUUAUUAUAAACCAGCAUCUGCAGUUUCUUUUUAUUACAAGUUCCUCAGAGAUCUGCUCUGAGGCCUCGACCCUUUUCAGAUUAUAUUAAGGACAAAUUGAUGGGCAAAAUGCAUUGUUCCUUUGAAUUACUAAUGGCACAAAGAUAGAAGGAAAAGUGAGUAGCUGUGAGAGAACAACACUUACAACACUUACAACAACAAGAAUGUAGAAAGGUUAAAGAAAUAGGCAGAAAGAUAGAGUAUAAUAUAGACAAAUGCAAAGUUAUCAAAUUAUAAACACAUAUUUAGAAAUAUGUGUGUGCCUUUGCACAAGCAACAUAAAUUGUAAUGCAAUGGCAGAGGGGUUGUUGAAGAAAGAAAAUCUAUACAGGAUUUUAAUGAGAUCAUUGACAUAUUAUAUAGAUUUUGGUCUUUUUUAAUCAAGGAUAUAUUUGUCAUGGGGCAACUUUUCACUGGGUUCAUCUUCUGUGUUGAGAUGGUUAUCUCAUGAGGAAAGAUUGAGCAAAAUGAGCCGAAGCUGUCCAUUUAUUAGAGGCAUGAGAAGUGAUCUAUUUGAACUAAAUAAGCUUUCUGAGAGAUUGACAGUAAUGGAGAUGAUUCUUUUAAAUGAUGGAAAACGAAGUCGGAGAAAAGGGGUUUUUAAGAGCUUUGUGAAUCUUCAGAAUUCUCUGUUCCAAAGAAUGGUAAAUGCUGUGUCAGUGGAACAUUCAAAGCCAAUAGAUUUUUGGACUACCCAGAAUUAAGGGUUAAAAAGAAUGGGAAAAUGGAGCUGAGGUCAAAAAUCAAGACAGUUGUAAUAUUGGUUGCUGGAGUAAGCUCAAGGGCAAAUAGAUCAUUCCUGCUCCUUUUUCAUGUUUGUACUAUGUUAAAAUUGCUUUGGGCAUCAAUAGUUUUUCUUUUUAUAGCAAUUUUCCAUUUAUAUUUACAAUCUUUGUACAAUUGUUACUCUUCAUCAUUUAUCUUUAAACAGAAAGUGAGCAAAUAGCGUAUGUUUCUUCUUAAAAGUGUGUUGUGUUUUGUUUUCACUUUAGUGCGACAAUAGUCUUGAUGAUGUUAUUUCUACAUCCUCACCAUGUAUGUGCCCCCCAGGGUCACCUGGCCUUCAAGGAAUAAAGGGAGAACGUGGAAUACCAGGAGAAAAUGGCGAUCCAGGCAAACCUGGUGCAGAUGGUAAGCCUGGAAUUGCAGGAUUACCUGGAAACUCAGGGAUACCAGGACAACAGAGCAUUCCGGGAUUACAAGGGAUCCGGGGAAAUAAGGGUGAGGAGGGGAGACAUGGUGCUCCGGGCAAACAAGGAGCUCCAGGCUUACAAGGAUUACCAGGACGACAAGGCCCUAUGGGUCCUGAGGGGUUCAAAGGAGAACCCGGCCAACAUGGUUUUAAUGGCAAAAAGGGUGCAAAAGGUGACAAAGGUUCUCAAGGCUAUCCUGGAUUAUAUGGACUUCCUGGACAUCAAGGUGAAAGUGGAAAUAAUGGCUUACCUGGAAUUCCUGGCACAAAGGGAGAACCUGGAGAGGUUGGUCUACCAGGAUUUGAUGGAAUGACAGGACAGCCUGGUAUUCCAGGAAUGCCAGGAAGUGUAGGAGCAAUGGGUCACAAGGGAAAAGAUGGACUUCCAGGCAAAAAAGGAGAAUGGGGGCUACCUGGACCAAUGGGUGACAUGGGAUUGCCGGGUGUAUCUGGUUCACGAGGAUUACCAGGGUCCAAGGGUAACCAGGGUGACCGAGGAUUCCAGGGAAUUCAGGGACAACAUGGCAGUAAGGGCUGGAUGGGAGAACCAGGUUUACCAGGUCAACCAGGACAUUCUGGAAUGCCAGGGAUGAGGGGAAUAGAGGGUUCCAAAGGAAAUGCUGGUGUCCAGGGAAAGCAGGGCAACUGGGGUAGACCAGGAAGUCCAGGAAUGCCAGGGCCACAGGGUCCAAGAGGCUUAGCAGGAUCAAAAGGAGAGGCUGGCAAAUCAGGAUCACUGGGCAUGCCAGGCAUAAAAGGCCAAAAGGGAGAGCCUGGCAUAUCUGGUGGAACUGGGCCUCAAGGCCUUAAAGGAAACAAGGGACUUUUAGGAAUGCCGGGGCCACGAGGACCAGAAGGAAUUUCUGGAAGGUUCAUUUCAGAUGAUUACAUCCGAGAUAUUUGCAUGGACGUGCUAAGAACUCAAUUAUCUUCAGUUCUGCAAAUUCAAAGAAAUCAGAACUUCAGGUACUGCCAAGCAUGCAAAGGAUCAUCUGGCCCAGUAGGCCCGCCAGGCCCAGCAGGAUUGCCAGGAAUUCAAGGUCCAAGUGGCUUUCCAGGUUUAGAUGGUAAACGAGGUUAUCCAGGUCAUAUGGGUGUACCAGGCAUUCCAGGAAUCCAAGGACCUACGGGAUUCCCUGGUGAGAAAGGUGAGAGGGGAGUGGGAGACUCUGGACAGCAUGGCCCACCAGGAAUACCAGGAUCUCCAGGCUUGCCAGGAAUGAGUAAUGAAGGGUACCCUGGAAGGUCAGGUUUACCUGGAAAUGAUGGAGCUCCUGGAAAAACAGGGAGAACAGGACAUCCAGGUCCACCUGGAACCUGUCAGCCAUCUCUAUGUUAUGAAACACUAGUAGGAAGAGAUCCAUUUAGAAAAGGACCAAACUAUUGAAGCAUUAUCAUCCCAUCGUACAUAUGAUUUGUGGAAUAUGUUUAUAGUUGAUUUUACUCUUUGAAAAGUCUCAGGAAAUUUACACCAGAACACCUACAUAUCAUCAAUCAUCUUUUCAUACUGUUGGCAAUGUGAGAGAUAUCAUUAGUUUAGAAGAAAUCAAUAACUACAUAUAUGGUGUUGGUCUUCAUUCUAAUCUUCUGUUUCAUUUACAUCAUUUGUAUUUGUUAUUUAACACAGCGCUCAGAGGUAGAAAGUUCAGAAAUUGUAGCACCUAUUAUUGAACAUUAAUAGCAUGCGUUGAUCUAUUAGCACAUCUUAUUACUUUGAUAAAAUCAAUUGGCAAUUCAUUUUUGUGACACUACUUUUUAUGUUGAGGAAAUCGAAUCAGAUAGGGUCACUUCCCUUCUAAAUUCAAUAAUUGUAAAGAUAUUCCAGCGAAUACACUCCAGAUAUAAUUUCCAAAGACCCAUAUGUUCUCUUUUAUUAUUAGAUUACUUUUUCCCAUUGCAAAUUAUUAUUAAUUGACUUGCAGGGACUGUUACGUCAAAAGGGACCGCAGUUCAAAAGUACUUCUUAGUAUGCUUCAUUCAGGAUUGUACAAAACUCUUCUUUUCGCCAGGCUUUAUUUAGCUGUUUUUCUCAAUGUGUCAACUUCAUUUUGUAGAUAAUUUAUUUUCCAUAUUAUUAAAUAUAAAUCUCAAAAUAUGGCUCUGCUUAGAUUUCAUUUUAUUGUGUUAUUUCAUUACCAUAUCAGGAUUAAAUGUAUGUGCAUCAUGAUUUUGCAUACUAAUCCUUGAUACAUGAAACAGCUGCCAAAGGACUUGCUUCAGAGAAAAGACUGCAUUAUAUCAGCUUAUUUACUGAACAGUAAACACUAGCCUAUAAUUUAACUAAGUUAAGCAGAAUGAAGAUUUAUUUACCUUAAGCCUUUUCACAGACUAUAGGCGAAUAAUUUGUUUUAAGUCCAAACAUCUUAGUUUAGAAUUC